CGUUCCAAAAAUUUCGUCUGCUGUAUAUUUUUUUUCUUCUAUUCCCUUAAUUCCCCGUCUUUUCCAAAUAUUUGUGCAUUUGCUUUUCUACCGCAAUCUCACUGCAGUUGUUGAAUAACCCCCUAAUAUUCCCUAUCUGCUUUUACAUAACAUUUAAAAUCGACACAUUGCAACCGAAUACGAAUAUGGCUGCAUUACAGGUUUCUAAGCUUGCAUCUGUUCUUGCCCGAUGCUUACCGUCAGACUUGAAGAACGCCGCAAAAUUCAAAGUAAAAGUGAUGGAAUUUGAUACACAUUUGAAUAUGCACUUUUCAAAACAUGUUACAGUGUACGCACAUGAUCCAAGUAGUGUGUGCAAACCUGGUGAUGUUGUGAUGAUUGAUCUGUUACCCAAAAAGCUGACGAAAAACAUCACCCACCAAGUCAAUAAGAUCGUAUACACAUUUGGGGAUAUAACAGAUCCUAUAACAGGGAAAAAAGUUGUUGUGGGCAAAUAUCGUGAUGAAAUUGAGGCCAGGAAUGAACUUUAUGGGAAAAAUCCAUCUGGAUUUGAUUACACCAGGGCUCCGGACAGAGGAUGGCAAGUUGGAAAGAGAGAUUUCUCAGAUAAAGAUACUUACAAAAAAUAUCACAUGUUUGAACAUGAUGAACCCUAUGCUGUUUAGUUGAUAAAAGCCUUGUGUAUUAUUUGAGCUGUUGAUUUGCAUAGUAAAACAUUCAUAGCUA